CGCUGGGAGGAGGCGGCAGCGGCGGCGGCAGCGCUGGGCUGGCUGAGGGGCUGCGGCCACCUGAGACGAUUUGAAAAAUAAGAUCUGAUCACCUGGAAUUAAAGUUGGUACAGAAACCUUUUCAACUCCAAAAAUGUUGGAGGAAGAUAUGGAAGUGGCCAUCAAGAUGGUGGUUGUUGGGAAUGGAGCAGUUGGAAAAUCAAGUAUGAUUCAGUGAUAUUGCAAAGGCAUUUUUACAAAAGAUUACAAGAAAACCAUUGGAGUUGAUUUUUUGGAGCGACAAAUCCAAGUUAAUGACGAAGAUGUCAGAUUAAUGUUAUGGGAUACGGCAGGUCAAGAGGAAUUCGAUGCAACAACAAAGGCCUACUAUCGAGGAGCCCAGGCUUGUGUGCUUGUAUUUUCUACCACAGACAGGGAAUCUUUUGAAGCAAUUUCCAGUUGGAGAGAGAAAGUAGUAGCUGAAGUUGGAGAUAUACCAACUGUACUUGUACAAAACAAGACUGAUCUCUUGGAUGAUUCUUGUAUAAAGAACGAGGAAGCUGAAGCACUGGCAAAAAAGCUAAAGCUAAGGUUCUACAGAACAUCGGUGAAAGAAGACCUAAAUGUAAAUGAAGUUUUUAAAUAUUUGGCUGAAAAGUAUCUUCAAAAACUCAAACAAGUAGCUGAGGAUCCAGAAGUAAGGCAUUCAAGUAGUAACAAAAUUGGUGUCUUCACAUCUGAUGGAAGUCACUCGGGUCAGAGUUCAAGUACCCUUAAUGGUGGAGAUGUCAUCAAUCUUAGACCCAACAAACAGAGGACCAAGAAGAGCGGAAAUCCUUUUAGCAGCUGUAGCAUACCCUAAAAUGUUGUAGGCAGGAAAAAAAAUUGUGCAAUUCAGUGAGAACUACAUCCAGCUCACAUGGUAUGUUACAAGGUUUUAGCAGAUUUUGCACCUAAUGGUUCUGAAAGUUGACAGACUUAAAUGUUGAUCUUCAGUGCUUUUCAGAAUGGAGUGAAAUCUUUGGAGGAAAAAUUAUUGCCCUGUGGACUCAUUUUAAUUUUUUUACAUUAGACGAAGCUUCUCCUGUUUUGGAAAGAAUGGUGUAAGAAAUGUCAAAAACAGGUUUUGCUGAAUUUUAAAUGCUGGAAAAUAUAAAUGAAAUGCCUAAAUAUAUGGUACAGAUUGUAAUGUUAAGUAAAGUUAGCAUUCUUUUUCUGAAAUUAGUCAUCAACCUUUUCUGAGAAAUAGUAUUGAACCCAAGUAUUAAUACUUACAAAAAAUAACGAAAGGUAAACCCUAAAUUUGGUGAGACUGCAUUAGUGUGUACUUGGGCAAUGUUACUGUGCAAUAUCUGUACCAUUUCGGGUAUGGAGGUAUGCAUGCAGGUACUUGGUACUGAAUUGAAGGUAUGUGCAGUGUUUAAUGAAACAGAAUCUAACUCAUUCAUUCAUAGAAUCAUUUACACAUUGUGUAUAUGUUAAAAGUUUUUAUUUUCAAGUAAGAAAUUUCAGACAUAUAUUUUGCAAAAGAGCUGAGAUUUAAAAAGUGUUUUGUGCCAAAAAAUAUCAUAUCUAAUUUUUACAGUGUUUACUAUCAGAAUUAAUAUUGUUUAUAAUAUCUUUUAAAAGCAGUUUUCCUCUCUGACGGGGUAGAUAAAAGAGUUUAAAUGUUUUAGUGCUAGGUCAUCUCUCAGGUGAGACUUGUUGCAAAUCUUUUUCACGUGUCCCUCUUAGUGUGGCGAGCUUGUGCUGGCCAAGUCCUGGAGCAGACACAGCACGUCUGCGGCUACUCCUUAGGCUGGAAGCACACUGGUGCUUCCAAGUGCCUUUGCUGCUGACUAAAAACGCAACCUUGAACUUUUAGGAUUAUGCUAACAGUUUUUAAAAAUGCACAAGAAGUGAUCCUUUGUCAUAAUCCACACUAUGGAUUUUAUAAUGCUCUGCAACUGUAAAGCAUCUUUUUGUUUACACCUUUUUGUAUGGUAUUUUAAGAUUAUCGCUUAAAAAUUUCUAUAACCUUUGAUUUGUACAGCACUUUCUCAAGACCUCUGUCAGGAACAAAUGUAAUUUCUUUUAAGAAAGGAUUUUAAUAUGUAGUCAUGUGGCAGAACAUAAACUUGUGACUUGGGACAGUAGUUUUCCAGCUAAGAUAAUUGCACGAACUCUGUUAAAACUAAUUAUCAUUUAUCAAUGGUUUUGUUUUUUAACCGUUUGCAAUAUACCUUGUUUUUAUAGGAUUUCAAAAUGUGUACAAAUAACUUCUUGAAAAAUGUGUGAUCAAGUUCUUUUUAAUUAUUUGUAAAUGCAUAAUGUU